CGUAAAUUAUGGAACGGAAAGGUUCUAAUCAGCAAUCCUGCAAAAUUGUCGGCUUUGUUCGAUACAUUAUCUACCAUGUUUUGUAAAACUUCAAAUUUCACUAAGAAGAUUCUUGAGAGAUUUGCGCCACUCUCUUCGAACAUAACAGUGAUAAAUAAUGGAGAUACACCUGCCUCGUGCAUGAUGUCGGCGUGCAGCCGGCGUUCUUUCGCCAGCAAGGUGUCGGCCCUCUCGCUCAACGCUAAAAAGAGAAAGGGGAAGAAGAUCACCAUGGUCACAGCGUAUGAUUUCCCGUCUGCCGCCCACGUAGGGCGGGCGGGAAUCGACAUGGUUUUAGUAGGGGAUUCGGUUGCAAUGGUAGAACUUGGUCAUGAGACGACCCAAAAUGUUUCCAUCGAUAGUAUGAUUCACCAUUGCCAAUCUGUGAAGAGAGGACUAGAACUGGCAGAUUCGGGAUCUAUGCUGGUGGGAGAUAUGCCGUUUGGAACUUACGAAUAUGAGGAUACCGAUGUGGCUCUGCGAAACGCAUAUAGGUUCGUCAAGGAAGCGGGRUGUGACGCUGUAAAGCUCGAGGUACGAGUAUGCACAAUUUAAAUAAAUUGUAAUGAGCAAAACGGCUUGAAAGUUGUUGGAUUUUUCUAACUGUCCAUGUUUAYUUUUACGAAACACCAGGGAGGGAGCAUUCAUCGAGCCAAGACAGCACAAAAAAUUGUAGACGGUGGAGGUAAGACAAGUUAAAGCUGUUGUAUCAAUCUGCAUGUUCCGUUUGUUGUCGUCUCAUCACAACCCAAGAACGAAAGAUUCACAUCGCAUGUUGUUGUCUCCACGUAUYUGCUGCUUCGCACACUGUUUGGCUCUUUUCAAAUAACGUGCGCAACAGUGGCUGUUAUGGGACAUGUUGGCCUSACUCCACAAGCUAUCAGCGUCAUAGGGGGGUUUCGCGCGCAGGGACGAACUGCGGUGCGAGCUCGGCAAUUGCUAGAUGACGCCCUUCGGCUACAAGAUGCUGGUUGCUUUUCGGUGGUACUAGAAUGCGUUCCYGCGAACGUAGCUGCCGCCAUCACCGAAACAUUAGAAAUACCAACCAUUGGUAUAGGAGCAGGUGGAGAUACGUCCGGUCAGGUCUUAGUCUUCCACGACAUGCUGGGUAUGCUGAGCCACCCGCAUCACCAGCAAUUCGUCCCCAAAUUUUGCAAAAAGUAUGCCCAAGUAGGCCAUGCGAUUCAGGAUGGUUUGAGCCGAUUCAAGGCCGAAGUGGAAUCCGAGACGUUUCCCGGCACCGAAUAUUCACCGUAUCUCAUGAGUGACGGAGAGAAAGAAGCAUUUGAUGCUCUCCUUGAAAGCGACGCAGAAGAGAGACGAAUCAAACAUGAUGUCGCUGCGACAAAAUUAUCUCAAGCCGACGAGUAUGAAACUCUUAAGCUUUACGGCGCAAACAAGAAUGAUAAAACACAUUGAAUAAAAGAGAAACCAAUUCUUCAAUGACUACUUUAAAACCAGCAACUCCGGCGAUUCUUCCCCCACUACGUUCUUCAACUUCAGCCUGUCAUAGAAUCCAAUUGAAAUUUGAUCCUUCACAACCGUUUUACCAAUUAUUUAAGAUUCAUCCUAUCUUCGUUUAUUGUAAUACAUGGUGUGAUUGGUGCAACGGUGUUUGUUAGUGGUAAAGAUAGCAAGCUAGAUGCGACAUCURUCUAAUCUACAAAACGAACGGGCUGAAGAUGAUUGUGAUGUAUAAUUGAAAUCCAUCUAGGUCAAUAAAAAACUGAGUAGCAGAUACAAAUUAUUCCUACAACAGUCGAGAUUGCUGGAAUACCUUCCAACCCUCAACACGCUAAAAAGGAAGAGAAAGUCCCCUACGUGAUGUUGCUAAUUCUAUCACGAAGGUUGAUAAAGUAGCACAAGACGAGAGAACAUCACGUGCGGUAGAAGCCGAUGCUUUCCAUGUUUAGUUGUCAACCUUCUUCCAGGCAAUGACUUGUUCGAUCCCAAYGGCGCCCUGGACAGUGACCUGGACAGUGUUCUCACCGUCAGCCCAUGCGGUACGGAUGUCUUCGGCCAUGCUGUCAGGGUAGGUGGGAAGGUUGAGGUCGGUCUUUUGGUUUCCGCCUUCGUCCAUGAGGGUGAGUUCAUCGCCAUCGAUAUCGAUGAUUUCCCAGUCAGCACGGUUGACGAUAGGGACAGUGGUUCCGUGGGUGGAAGGAAUCAUAUCUUCGAGCUUCUUUCCGGUGAAAAUGUCCGUGGCGGUGAAGUUACAUUUGGCGUGACCGUGCUUUCCGGUCUUGGAAACAGAGAUCGAAAGAACCUUGCAUGGCUUUCCCUUGAUCAUCAUGUAUCUAUGGUGAGGAGARGAUAAAGUCCAUCAAAAUAC